UUUACCACUAACUUGUGGUCUGAUUUAAGUUUUUAAUGGUCGAUAAUAUUCUUGAAAUAUUUCACCAGAAUAGCUUGAAACGUGCAAAUUUAAAGAGAGAAACUUCAGAGUCGCGAUGAUGGCAUCAAUAGGGGAGUUCGAUCCGCUGAACAACAUCGUUCCUGCAACUAAAAUAGAAGUUACCGUGUCAUGCAGGGAUCUUCUGGAUGUGGACACAUUCUCCAAGUCUGAUCCUGUGGUUGUGCUGUAUGUGCAGGGUAUCGGCACAAAAGAGUGGAGGGAGUUUGGCAGAACAGAGGUGAUUGACAACACACUGAAUCCAAACUUUGUGCGAAAGUUUUUCCUGGACUACUUCUUUGAAGAGAGGCAGAACCUCCGCUUUGACGUAUACAAUGUGGACUCCAGAAGUUCAAAUAUUUCCAAAUUUGACUUCCUGGGUCAGACUUUCUGCACUCUGGGGGAGAUCAUUGGAUCCACUGGCGGGCGGCUGGAGAACAGCCUCUCGGUUGGGGACAACUUCGCACAACCAUUGAAGAGGAGUGGGAGAACAUUCCAAACAGAAAGCAAUGGUGGGAUUCCUGGGAAGAAAUUAGGUGCCAUUAUCUUCACGGCGGAGGAGCUAAGUAACUGUAGGGACAUUGCUACCAUGCAGCUGUGUGCCAACAAGCUGGACAAGAAGGACUUCUUUGGGAAGUCUGACCCCUUCCUGGUCUUCUACAGAAGUAACGAGGAUGGAACGUUCACUAUCUGUCAUAAGACGGAGGUGGUUAAGAACACACUGAACCCUGUGUGGCAGCCCUUCACCAUCCCAGUGAGGGCCCUUUGUAACGGCGACUAUGACAGAACAGUGAAGGUGGAUGUGUAUGACUGGGACAGAGAUGGAAGCCACGAUUUCAUUGGUGAGUUCACCACAAGUUACAGAGAUUUCUCGCGUGGACAAAACCAGUUUAAUGUCUAUGAGGUUCUAAAUCCCAAGAAGAAGGGCAAGAAAAAGAAAUACAUUAACUCCGGCACGGUAACACUGCUGUCCUUCAAAGUGGAGUCGGAAUAUACGUUUGUGGAUUUCAUCCGAGGCGGGACACAACUCAACUUCACAGUAGCCAUCGAUUUCACUGCUUCUAAUGGUGACCCGUCUCAGCCCUCCUCCCUCCACUACAUGAACCCGUACCAGAUGAAUGCGUACGCCAUGGCUCUGAAGGCUGUAGGGGAGAUCAUCCAGGACUACGACAGUGACAAGCUCUUUCCAGCCUACGGCUUCGGAGCCAAGCUACCCCCCGAUGGAAAGAUCUCCCACGCCUUCCCUCUGAGUGGUGACAAUGAAAACCCUAACUGUGUGGGGAUAGAGGGAGUGUUGGAGGCGUACUUUCAGAGCCUCAGGACGGUCCAACUCUACGGACCCACCAACUUCUCUCCAGUCAUCAACCAGGUGGCACGGUCUGCGCAGGAUGUGACGGAUGGCUCUCAGUACUUUGUGUUGUUGAUGAUCACAGAUGGAGUUAUCUCUGACAUGGUGCAGACAAAGGAGGCUGUGGUCAAUGCAGCUGCUCUCCCCAUGUCCAUCAUCAUCAUCGGGGUCGGACCUGCAGAGUUUGACGCCAUGGAGGAGCUAGAUGGUGACGAGGUCAGAGUGUCCUUCAGGGGGCACUUUGCUGAAAGAGACAUUGUGCAGUUCGUUCCUUUCCGGGACUACAUGGACCGGUCGGGGAACCAGGUCCUGAGCAUGGCCCGGCUGGCCAAGGACGUGCUGGCUGAGAUCCCUGAGCAGCUGCUGGGGUUCAUGAAGACCAGAGGUAUCGAGCCACGGCCCACCCUCUCCUCCUCAGACCUGCCCGACCUCCACAGGCACAUCUGACACCCCCACUGUAGUGGGACAGCACCUCUCAACACCCCACCUAGGUCUACACACACACACACACACACACACACACACACACACACACACACACACACACACACACACACACACCAUCUCUCAUCUCUUUAAACCCUAUGCCAUUGCCAUCUCAUUGCAAGCCGAUGGCCCCUCUCCCUACAACUGUGGCAUGCCGUACCUUAACACAGCAUACAUCUACACAUAGAAUAAGUAUAUUCAUACAUUGUGUCAUUGAACACGUAGGGGUGGGUAGAUUGAGCACCCAAUGCAAUACCCACAAGCACCGUCACAUCUGAACAGACGGGAGAAAUAUAACUGACUAUGCCAUGAUGUAUCAACACAUGCUGUACACUGACAACGUUCACAUGCAUAUGCAGAGGGGGGAGUUAGUCUGUGAAAGUUAUUGAUGU